GGACCUGGCUUGGGCCUGGGAGUCCUUCCACCGUGAGGUGCCCACCAGUUCAGGCCACUCCUUGGGAGGGUGGAGGUUGGGGGUGGGAUACGGCCCCCCUCAGCCUCAGGCCUGAGGCCUCCUGAGACCUGAGCCUCUGGCCCACCCGAGGAGAAGGAGCUUAAUUCCAUCGCUUCCGAGCUGUCUGCACGGCAGGAGGAGAGCGAACAUUCUCAUAAACAUUUAAUUGAACUCCGCCGGGAAUUUAAGAAAAAUGUACCUGAGGAAAUCAGAGAGAUGGUGGCUCCUGUUUUAAAAAGCUUUCAAGCCGAGGUGGUGGCCCUUAGUAAGAGAAGUCAGGAGGCCGAGGCCGCUUUCCUGAGUGUUUACAAGCAAUUAAUUGAAGCACCAGACCCCGUGCCUGUGUUUGAGGCAGCCCGCACCCUAGACGACAGACUGCAGCCCCCCAGCUUCGACCCCAGCGGGCAGCCCCGGCGAGACCUCCACGCCUCGUGGAAGAGACACCCCGAGCUUCUUUGCCCCAAAGAGCUGAGAGAGGGGCUGUCUCCAGCAGGGCCCACGCUGACCGAGGGGGGCCGCCUCCCAGGCAUUCCCGGCAAAUCCCUCCUGACAGACACCUUGCUGCAGAGAAAUGAGGUGGAGAAACAAAAGGGCCUUCAAGAAGUUCAAGUCACUUUGGCGGCCAGACUGGGGGAGGCAGAGGAGAAGAUCAAGGUCCUCCAUUCAGCCUUGAAGGCCACACAGACGGAGCUGCUGGAGCUGCGGAGGAAAUACGACGAGGAGGCCGCGUCCAAGGCAGAUGAAAUCGGCCUGGUCAUGACCAACCUGGAGAAAGCUAAUCAGCGAGCCGAGGCCGCCCAGCGGGAGGUAGAAAGUCUCCGGGAACAGCUCGCCUCUGUCAACAGCUCCAUCCGCCUGGCCUGCUGCUCCCCCCAGGGACCCAGUGGGGAUAAGGUGAACUUCGCGCUGUGCUCGGGCCCUCGGCUGGAGGCCGCCCUGGCCUCCAAGGACAGGGAGAUCCUGCGGCUGCUGAAGGACGUGCAGCACCUCCAGAACUCCCUGCAGGAGCUGGAGGAGUCCUCUGCCAACCAGAUCGCGGACCUGGAGCGGCAGCUCACGGCCAAGUCCGAGGCCAUAGAGAAGCUGGAGGAGAAGCUCCAGGCCCAGUCUGACUAUGAAGAAAUUAAAACAGAGCUGAGCAUCCUGAAAGCCAUGAAGCUGGUGUCCAGCACCUGCAGCCUCCCCCAGGGCCUGGCCAAGCCCGACGACGCGCUGCUGCUGGCAAAGGAGGCCUUCUUCCCGGUGCAGAAAUUCCUCCUGGAGAAGCCGGGGCUCCUGGCCAGCCCUGAGGAGGACCCCUCGGAGGACGAUUCCAUCAAGGACUCGCUAGGCACGGAGCCGCCCUACCCCUCCCCUCAGCAGCUCCCGCCACCUCCAGGGCCCGAGGACCCCCUGUCCCCUAGCCCCGGGCAGCCCCUGCUGGGCCCCGACGGCCCGCGGACGUUCUCGCUGUCCCCCUUCCCCGGCCUGGGUGCGGGCGAGAGGCUGGUGGGGGACGCGCUGCUGCCGAGACACCUGAUGCCCCCGGCCGCCUUCAAGGGGGAGCCGGGGGGCCUGCUGCUGCUCCCCCCGGCCUUCUACGGCGCCAAGCCCCCCGCGGCCCCGGCCACACCCGCCCCCGCCCCGGAGCCGCCCGGGGCCCUGGAGCCGUCGGAGGGCGGAGGGGGCGGCGCGGCGGGGGGCUCGGCCGGCGCGGAGGAGGAGCAGCUGGACACGGCCGAGAUCGCCGUCCAGGUGAAGGAGCAGCUGCUCAGGCACAACAUCGGGCAGCGCGUGUUCGGCCACUACGUGCUGGGGCUGUCGCAGGGCUCGGUCAGCGAGAUCCUGGCCCGGCCCAAGCCCUGGCGCAAGCUCACGGUCAAGGGCAAGGAGCCCUUCAUCAAGAUGAAGCAGUUCCUGUCGGAUGAGCAGAACGUGCUGGCCCUGAGGACCAUCCAGGUGCGGCAGCGAGGUAGCAUCACCCCGAGAAUCCGCACGCCUGAGACAGGCUCGGACGAUGCCAUCAAGAGCAUCCUGGAGCAGGCCAAGAAGGAGAUCGAGUCGCAGAAGGGGGGUGAGCCCAAGAAUUCAGCAGCCACCCUGAGCUUCGCCAACGGCACGGCCGCCAGCAGCACAUCAGAGGAUGCCAUCAAGAACAUCCUGGAACAAGCACGCCGCGAGAUGCAGGCGCAGCAGCAGGCCCUGCUGGAGAUGGACGCAGCCCCCCGGGGCCACUUGGUGCCACCCUCGCCCCCAGAGCGGCCCUCGCUGGCCACUGUGAACCAGAAUGGGGCCCUGGCCUACGUCAAGCAAGAGGAGGGUGGCAGCAGUGGCGGGACAAGCAGCAGCGCCACGCAGACGCCCCUCACAGUCCUGUCCCCCGCCGCCUUCGUGCAGAGCAUCAUCCGGAAGGUCAAGUCCGAGAUCGGCGAUGCCAGCUACUUCGACCACCACUGGGCCUCAGACCGUGGCCUGCUCGGCCGCCCCUACACCUCCGUCUCGCCCUCGCUGUCCUCCUCCUCCUCCAGCUACUCCGGCCAGCCCAACGGGCGGGCCUGGCCCCGCGGGGACGAGGCCUCUGCGGCCCCCGAGGAAGAGGCAGCCGGGGCCGAGGACGAGCCCCCCAGGGUGGGAGAGCUGAAGGCUGAGGGCGGCGGCCCCGAGCCGGGCAGUGGCGGGCGGCUGGCCUACUACCCCGCCUACGUGCCACGCACCCUAAAGCCCACAGUGCCGCCCCUGACCCCUGAGCAGUAUGAACUCUACAUGUACCGUGAGGUUGACACACUGGAGCUGACACGCCAGGUCAAGGAGAAGCUAGCCAAGAACGGGAUCUGCCAGAGGAUCUUUGGGGAGAAGGUGCUGGGCCUGUCGCAGGGCAGUGUCAGCGACAUGCUGUCCCGGCCAAAGCCCUGGAGCAAGCUGACGCAGAAAGGGCGCGAGCCCUUCAUCCGCAUGCAGCUGUGGCUCUCGGACCAGCUCGGCCAGGCGGUCAGCCAGCAGCCCGGCGCCCCCCAGGCCAGUCCCACCGAACCAAGGUCCUCGCCGUCCCCACCCCCCAGCCCCACGGAGCCUGAGAAAAGUUCCCAGGAGCCCCUGAGCCUGUCCCUGGAGAGCAGCAAGGAGAACCAGCAGCCAGAGGGCCGUUGUGGCUCCUCGCUGGGUGGCAAGACGUCCUUGGGCAGCCAGGCCCUGGGGGGCAUCCAGGAGAUGGUGGCCAUGUCUCCUGAGCUGGACACGUACUCCAUCACCAAGAGGGUCAAGGAGGUCCUCACGGACAACAACCUAGGGCAGCGGCUGUUCGGGGAAAGCAUCCUGGGGCUGACCCAGGGCUCCGUGUCUGACCUGCUGUCCCGGCCCAAACCCUGGCACAAGCUGAGCCUGAAGGGGCGGGAGCCCUUUGUCCGCAUGCAGCUGUGGCUCAGUGACCCCCAUAAUGUGGAGAAGCUGAGGGACAUGAAGAAGCUGGAGAAGAAAGCUUACUUGAAACGCCGCUACGGCCUCAUCAGCACCGGCUCGGACAGCGAGUCUCCGGCCACCCGCUCCGAGUGCCCCAGCCCCUGCCUGCAGCCCCAGGACCUGAGCCUCCUGCAGAUCAAGAAGCCCCGAGUGGUGCUGGCGCCUGAGGAGAAGGAGGCACUGCGGAAGGCCUACCAGCUCGAGCCCUACCCCUCCCAGCAGACCAUCGAGCUCCUCUCCUUCCAGCUCAACCUCAAGACGAACACGGUCAUCAACUGGUUCCACAAUUACAGGUCCCGGAUGCGCCGGGAGAUGUUGGUGGAAGGGACCCAGGACGAGCCGGACCUCGACCCGAGUGGAGGUCCCGGUGUACUACCGCCAGACCACUCCCACCCGGACCCCACUCCGCAGAGCCCUGACUCUGAGGCUGAGGACCAGAAGCCCGUCGUGAAGGAACUGGCUCUUCAUGGGGGCUCCAAGGAGAGCAUCAUGCCCUUGACUGCCCAGGACCAGGCCCAAGUGAGGGUCAAGCAGGAAAAGACAGAGGAGGACGCUGAAGAGGAGGUGGGCAGCCGGCCCCAGGACUCAGGGGAGCCGGACAAGGCCCCAGGGCCCCCCAAGGAGGAGCGCCUCGACCCCCUGGGUAACGAAGGACUCCCAAAAACGGCCCCAGGGCCCCUGCUUCCAGGUGGGACCACCCCAGACUGUCCCUCUCUACAUCCCCCCGAGGAGAGUGAGGGCGGGGAGCGGCUUCACCCGGACCCUCUAAGUUUUAAAUCCGCCUCGGAGUCCUCGCGCUGCAGCCUGGAGGUGUCGCUGAACUCGCCCUCAGCCGCCUCCUCGCCGGGCCUCGUGACGUCUGUGUCGCCCGUCCCCUCCUCCUCGGCCCCCGUCUCCCCCUCCCCACCUGGCGCCCCCCCUGCCAAAGUGCUGAGUGCCAGCCCCAGUGCCGACACCACCGGGGCCUUGCACCCUGGCACCAAGGGGAACCCUAACUUGCAGCGGCGGCACGAGAAGAUGGCCAACCUGAACAGCAUCAUCCACCGGCUAGAGAGGGCUGCCAAUCGGGAGGAGGCCCUGGAGUGGGAGUUCUGAGGACGGGCUGAGGGGGCAAGAGGACAAGGCACAUAGCCCGGUGGCUGCUUUCCUGCUCUCACUCACUCUCCCGGACGGGGUGGGGGCGGGAGGGAGGAACUCAUCCAUCAUCACGUGGAGAGCGAUGUUAUUCCGUUUACAUUUUUUGUUGUAAUCCUAGUUUUAUGAAAUUGCGAGUGAGUGGGUGGGGCAGGUGCCAGUGCCCCCUCUUUUGGGCACCCCCUGCCCCCAGGGAGCCCCAGGAAUCCUGCCCGUCUCCUCCACGCUGACCUCCGCAGGAGGCAGAAGCAAAAUGGCUCCACAUUUUCACCUGAAAACUCCAAACUCUUUUAGGAAAAAAUAAAUAUUUAUAGACCUCUUUUAGAUAUUUUAAUAAAGGAUCCUUUGGAAUUUAUUCCCAGCCGAUGCUGUUUUGAUAUUACAGAGAGUUAUAAAAUCAGGAUGCUGUCACAACUGUUGCGAAGUAUACACUGAAGUUGUGUCGUUUUGUUUUGUUUUGUUUUGUUUUGCCACUAGAUGAGAUUAAAAGAAGACAAUUGUUCAAAGCCAUCACAAAAAACACUAUAAGACUGACCAAAAUUUAGAUAACCUUAGAACCGCGGUUUCCCCCCACAUCUGUCUGUGAGACACAGUACAUGGCUAUUGUACUUCCAGAAACCAUGCCGAAAAGAGAAAAGUCCAAAAGACUCUAAAUGAAAACCUCAAUGCCAUGCGUCUCCUUCUGGUGGUCUGUUUUGCAGCCUCCAUAACCCAGCAUCCCGUGCCCUUGUAAAUGUAGAUCUGUGGGCUGGGCCCGACCGUCCUAUACCUGGUGUAGCACGGCACAAAACAAACUGCUUACCUUCCCUCGACUUAGGAACCUGUGAGCCAUGGAAAUCAGACACCAUCCAUGGACAAGAUGUGUUUCCAGAUCCUUUGGAAAGCUGGGCAUGGGGCAGGUGCUUGGAGGGGGGCGCUUGAGCCAUCCCCAGUGUGAAUUGUGGCCACGGGCCGGAAGUUUCCCUAUUGGUAUCAGCGUGGGCUUUCCAAAGCAAGACCAUGGCCCCUGGCUUCCUCUCCUUGUGUUUUAAGAAAGUAACAGCGUUGGUCAUUCCACAAGCACUGAAGCUUGGCACACAAUGCCAAAAAGAGUAAAUUAAACUAGAGAGCCCAACUCCCCUUCUCUCCAUCUUCUCUCUCAAGUUGACGGUGGUGCCAUUUCUAGACAGCGUUCUGCAACUCGAGUCCACAUGGAACAAAGUGAGAAGGCCAAGUUCACCAUAGCAUGUCCACCGUCACCCAACCUGUAAGUCCACUCUCCCGCUUUCCAGCACAUGACAUUCAGGGAGAAGGGACCCGGUCCACCGACUCGGAGGAGCCUUUCCUCCAGCAUCUUCAUCAUGAUUUCCAGGGGAGAUUUCCCAAUUUGGAUGAAACGGCCGCCAUAUUGGUUGUUGAAUCUCUUUUUUGUUUUUUAUUUCUUUUCCUUUUUCGAACUCUCCAUGGAGAGGCUAAAUUGGGUGACUCCCCAGCUGACUCAAGUGACAAUGAAAAGGUGGCCAAAAUCAGUGCCCAGCCAACGCCAGGGAGAGAGAUGGCUGAUGGGGUUCAAGGAUGCAGCGAGUGUUUUGAAACCGUGUUGGCAAAACCCAGAGACCAGAAGGGGACAGAUGAGGAUCAACUCUCGUGCACCUAGCCCAGGCUGCAGUCUCCACACCCAUCAAAAACUCAAAUCCCAAUGGAAACCUCCUUUUCCACCCGAACCCAGGCUAUGCAUCGAAGAGUUUUCCACUGUAUACAUUUUUAUCCAGAUGAAGGUAUUUUUAUAUUUUGACAAUAGGAAACAGUGACCAAUUUUCAGAGUAAUAAAACCUGGAACAAAUGAACCAUCUCGUUUUAGCCACCACCGCUCUGUUGCAAUCAAGACAACCGUGGGGAACACACCACUUUUUACUGUCAAAAUCAACACAGCUUUGAAAUCCAGGCUUUCACAUGGACUACGAUUCUUAGAGAACUAAAAAUUGGCUUUAGUGUGACGGGAUUUGAUUAAGCACUUAGUAUACUCUUUUGAACACUGAAAUCCUGUUAUACUUAAAGCUAAGCAGACCCAUGAUCAACUUUGUCAGGUUCAUGUCCUAUAAUGGAGAAAACAAAAAAACAAAAAAAACUACAAAACCGUUUCUAUGAGAGAUUGAUGAACUUUGUUUAAAAUUUUAACAAAAGGAACACGUUCUGUAAACG